GGAUGAGAGAGAGAGAGAGAAAGAGGGAACGAGUCCGCGGUAUAAAUGUAGCCCGCGCGAGUACAACCAAUCAUUCGCCCUCUGACCUCGACACUCUCAGAGCUCUGGUCUCCUCUGGCUAUUUCGCGGUACCGAAACGUACCCCCCUGCUACCAACCGCGAGGAUCAUCCCCGCUCUACGGUCCACCAAUCGCCCGGCAAUAGUCGUCACUCGUAUCGAGCUCCGUGAAGAAGAGGAACAGAAGACGAACCCCCGAAGACAAACGGAACCAGUGCUACCGUGGUUACACAGCAAGAGACAACACAGCGGAAAGUUCCCUCAACAGCGAGAUGACGAUGAAGUGUAUGCUGCGAACUUUAAUUAUAUUCGCCGUAUUCCUUUGCUAUCAGUCUUGUGUCUACGCGGCAAAUUGCGAGCAAGAACCUUUUCACCCGAAUUGCCGAGGUACACAGGCAAGAAAACGUUUGACACCAUUGCCUAUCAUGCGCGCUCUGAACUGCGAAGAAGGAGAGUGCAGGUUCCCCAAGGAAUUACCCAGGAUGAAAUUCUUGAUCGCAAUCCUUGACGACACUCCCUACAGGGACAAUGAAGUUCAUCCUUCGAACUCUGAAUCCCUCCAUUCGCGCAAGGGGAGGAUGCGGAUGGAAGACUCGAGGGAUGUAUAUUUGGAUGACUAUUGAUUCAACGAUUACUGAAUUAUGUCGACGCGAUUCGCACAGAGAUGACUGACCGAUCGACAACUUUUCAGACAUAUUACUCGUCCAUUUAAUUAACUUUUAUUAUAUUAUCCGGCUUAAUUCCAUCGUGUUUUCCCUGAUAUAUCGUCUCCUACUUUUUCGUCAUUUCCUCGCAAAUCUGGCAGCGAUAAUAAAAUACGUGCGCACCCGCAUGUUGUUAGCACUUUGACUUUCGAUAAUAAACACUUCAAUCGCACAAUGGAAGAGGCCAAUUUAUUGUCUCGAUCUUGUAGAAAAGCAAUUAUAACAUCCGCACGUGAAAUAAUUACGAUGUCUCUCGCGCUCAACCCUUUAAGCACCCCGUUAUAAUCUUAAAUGUCGCGUAGAAAAAUGAACGCUUUAAAUAGUAUCAUUUUUAAUUCGAUCGAUUUUACGAGAAUUAAUAAGGCGGAGAAUUCACACCACUUGUCACAUAAUCCUUGCUCCUUUAACUGGUGUGAUAUACUUCAGCUCGACUCUCAUGUGCAUCUGUCAAUAAUCUCGAGACUGAGCGAUAAAUUAAAUUAUAAACGUUAUUAAAUUUUAAAUUAUUUUCCCGAUUGUUAUUUUCUGCGAAUUCUUUAUUUAAUUCUUGCGUUGGAAUGAUUAAAGUCCGUAAUUAAUUGUCCUUAAUCUUAUAUGCGCAUUUAUGUGCGAGAUGCGCAUGUGAUAUUCCGUACGUAAUCGACCACAAUCGAGGUAUUGUAUAUAAAGAGAUGUAAAGAGAUGAUAAUUAUAUAUGUUGUUCGAAAUUGUGUUUUAAUUAUAUUUCAAAUAAAUAUAUGUACAUACUUGAUAAAAAAAAGGAGAAGGCUUGUGUUACAUCAUGCGUAUAUAAUUUCGGUGCAGCAACCAAACGUGUAUUAAUUAAUGCGUCACACAACCAAUAAACUUCGAUCAUGUCAUCGAUAUAUUUAUUGCUGUGGAAAUUGUGAAUCUUUUUGAAGAAAUGAAGCCUGCGAUGUUACCAUCA